AUGCUACAAUCGAAGUCUUUCUUCCCGAUCUUGCUAGCCUUGAGCUUUCUCUUUGAUGGAGCUUUUGGACUUGAAUCAUGUCUUUUACCCUUUUGGAGUUGCGGAAUCAAAAGAACCCAAGUCAUCGGCUACGCAAAGCUUCCCGGAGAAAAGGCUAUGCCUAUCAUUCUGAAUAACAAGCUACGUGUAGAGAAAUCCACGGUCACUAAGCAAGUAGGACCUGGCUUUUAUAUGCUAAACCAACCAGUAUGGGAAGAAGACGAUGAUGGGAGUUGGUAUUGUCUUAUCAAAGCGAAUAUGGAUAAGGUGAAAAAAGCAGAUAAAGUCUGGAUCCCGACACAUUACAAGAAGACGAAUGCGGAUGGCUCGACUGUGGAUCAGGCAUUAUGGGACCAAGAAGACCUCGACAAUCUUUAUGAUUUCAUCUCGUAUGAGGCAUUCAUACCAGAGGCUAACAAAGCGCUGCUCUUCUCAUGGGUCCAUGAAGAAGGCUAUUGGCAUGAACAAAUGACUAUUCCAACCGACGUGGUAAAUAACGAUAGUUUGGGUAUAUGGGCCACAUGCUUUCCAUCAAUACACGACCUGAAGAAAACUUCGAACAAGGCGGUUAAUUGGCAAAAGUGGGAUAUUACGACUGCUGGAGUGUAG